AUCGCUGCAUGCAUCAUCUCAAGUGAUUACGUAGGGUUGUUCUAGCGCGCAAAGGUCUGACAACAAGAGCACAAUUUAUAGCCUACAAUCACCUAGAACAAUGUCGUUCUAAAUUCAACCUCCCUUCCUGCAUCCCCGGUACUCUUUUACAUCCAUGGCGCACGCGCCCAGCACAGCUCCACUAAACUUCAUUGUCUUCGGUGAGAUGGGCGUCGGGAAGAGCUCGUUGAUAAAUCUCGUUGCUGGGAAGACACUCGCCAAGUCCUCUGCCGGUUUAAAAUCCUGCACUCUCGAAUCAACCGAGUAUACAAUCGCAUUAUCUGAACCCCAGCUUAAUGUCAAAUUAUUUGAUACAAACCAAGGAGGUGUACACGGCUUGCUGUUCUGCAUCAAGGGCGGCAACAGAAUAUUGGAAUCUACGCAGCAGAACUACAGGUUGUUCCACGAGUUCCUGUGCCAGGAGAAGGUGCCCCUUGCUCUGGUCAUCACCAACCUCGAGAACGUAGAGAACAUGGAUGACUGGUGGAUGGAAAACCAGGAUGUUAUUAAAGAGUAUGGAAUAGCUCCCGUUACGCAGGUCUGCAUCACUACCAUCAAGGGCCUCAAAAACGUAUACGAAGAAAAAUACUCGGAAUCCAGGAAGAAAGUAUGUGAUAUGUUGACUACGCUUGGAAGGGGAGAUGCGUGCUUGGUGGAUAUUAACUGGUUUGCGCGGAUGUGCAAGAGGCUGCGGCAGUUUUUCAUUCCAGGCAAGGCGCUAGGGAAGAGUCGUGAAAAGAUGUUACAGACGCUCACGAAGCGUUGCAAGCUGCCCAAGCAAGAUGCAGUGCAGCUUCUUCAAAGGAUUGAAUCCGACGGCGAGGAGAACUAG